AUGAGCGAAUUUAGCGAAAUAUCACAAGAAAUAGUCGAGGACGAAGAAGUAGCUGGAAUCACGGAAAAGAAAGACAACGAAAAACAAGAUGACCUCGAAAAGCUGGUCCUCAGUGCAAACUGUGGCGGUAUGCUCGGGCUGCUGCAGGCUAGAACGUGCGCAAACCCAAACACCGCCGCCGAGGAGGUGAACUAUUUCAAGACAUCUCGUGGAAAAAAUUUCCGCCUUCGGCCGCGCACUCCUGUUCGAAAACUCGCCAAGCGUGAUGUUGGAGAUGUUGCUGCUCCGUCGACUUCUGAAGAAAUUAAUGAAGCUGUCAGUCGAUUUACAACGCUUCUAAGUCCGGUGGUGAAAGAUGAGACGCUUGCGCGUUUUCUCGUGGUCGGCUACAAAUUCUCCUCGCCAAUGGCGCGGGCGAUCGAGGUGCCCGUGCUCGAGUGUAACGAUGACAUCAACGAUGACGACCUCGAGUCGGACAUUUGCAAUGAGUGUGUCUUCUGCGAGCGGGACCAAGUUCGACACCACCGGACAAAGAAAAACGAGCACACACUCAUGCGAGCCUUGAGAUCUCCCUGCCGCUGUAGUCACGAAGAAGAGCACAAGAAAAAGAACUACGAUGGACUGGUCAAGGACCCGACCCCAGUGCUCGAAGAAGACAAAGAAAUAAAAGUCGAAAAUGGAACCGACCAUAAAAAUCAAGAGAAUCAGAACACUAAUACUCCUGCUAACAGUAACUCCAGAGCUGCAACCUCCACUUCUUCAAGAAAACGCUGCAACCACGACAACUCCGAAACAUGUGCAAAACGAGUAUCCGUCAUUAUGUCCAAGCCGAGAUCGACCAACGAGGGCGACACUGGAUUCAACACUGGUUCAAGAUCUGCUCUCUCUGUUUCUUCCUUCACAACUCCUGUCCCCUCUUCACAAAGUUAUAUUAGCAAGAAUCCUCCUUCAUCAUCUCAUCAAAACCAUCACCACCAGCACCAGCACCACCAUCACAACCAUCAAAAUCAUCAAAAUCACCAGAAUCGCCAGAGAGAUCAGCAAAACCACGCUGGAAAAGAAAUUUUACCUCGGCCAAGUGCUCAUUUGGACCAAAAUCAACAAGCUGCUAUGCAACGAAAUCAUCAAAACCAGCAAGUUCAGCCUCUUCCAAGGCCACAGUUCAAAGUAGAACCACCUCAGGAGUUCCAACGAACGCCUAUGCUUCCUCAUUUUCCCCACGGGCACAGAAUGGGGCACCCAAACUUCAAUCAAGCUAUGCAACUGAUGCAGCAGCAAAACUCGCUCUACAGCCAGCACCAGCAGCAAAUGCCCGCCCAGCGUGCCGAUAGCGUCCAAAGUAUGCCGGCGUACUUGUCCAGCUAUCGAAUGCGCGAUUCUAUGUCGCAGAUGAUCCGCCCAGAUCAUCCGAUGAAUAUCAAAGUUGCCUUCAAUAAUUUAGCGCUAAAACUCGGAAUAUCGCGGUCAAUUCCAAAACAUACAGAACAACAAGUGACCGACCUUCUUCAAAUUGCUUGUGAAGUCAGAAGGGAUCAAGAAUGCGACUAUUUCUUCUGCCCAUGGCAAGAGUGCCCCAAGUUCUUCAAUCGGCGCGACUCGCUCGUCCGCCACCUUCGAGUCCACGUGGAUGUUCGAUCAUUUCAAUGCGAAAAAUGCGACCAGAGAUUUCUUCGCUCCGAUCAUUUGCGGGUUCACAUGCUGAGGCACACAGGAGAGCAGCCAUUCGCAUGCAUCGUCUGUGGAAACACUUUUGCUAGAAAAGAUUUGAGAAACAGGCAUAUGAAAGCGACGCAUUACAAAAAUGAACGGCCGCCGCAGCGUGUACUAGACCUGUUGGAAGGCGCGAGUUGGGACGAUAUUCCGAUUUAG